CUGCCCGAACUGGAAAGGCUCAGUGGGUCUGGAGGGCUGCGGCGGGGGCACCCCUUUUCGGUGCCGCUGGGGGAGGCUCCGUCGCAUACUCAGCUCCCAGGGCAUCCCGAGGGAUGUGUGCCCUUGGUCGGUUCUUCUGCUCCCGGGGCACCGCGAUCGGUGCCGGGACGGCAGCGGUUUCCCCACCGGGUGGCCUCACCGCCCGGGCCGCGGGCCAAGCCCCGCCCCUCGCUGCUUCCCCGCUCGCUGAUUGGACAAGGAGGUCAAAUGACGUUGUGCCUUCCGAGCGGCCUUUAAAAGCGCAGCGUCGGAGAAACCGGUGAGUCGGAGAUGGAGCGGAGCGGUGAGGGCAAGACGCGCGCUCGGGUGUGCCCCGGCUUGAGGUCUCUGCGGGCGGAGGGGCCGCGGUGAGGGGCAGGGGUCGGUCCUGGUCAGUUCCCAGUGACGGGUUCCCCCGUGUCCCCCCGGCGCUGAGAUGGCGGAGGGAGCGGCUGCCCGCGCUCUCCUCCUUGCCCGGCUCGCUGGGGACGAGGCGGUGCCGCAGCAGCGAUGGCUCAUCCCGGCUGCUCUCGCUGGGACACAGGGGCUGCUCCGUGCCAGGGACACUUCCUGGCCCUGCGGCACCAGCAGUGACCUCUCCUCAUGUCCCUUUCAGGGUGCCACCAGCGCGGCUGUGAAGCUGUUCCCGAGGCCGACCUCCGAAAAGCUUUUUCAGCACUCCUGAUGUCUCGGGAGCAAGGGGCUGUUUGUUGCCAGCAGAGAGAUGCCGGCUGUGAGCUGGAGGAGAGUGAAUUGUGCUCCCAUCAUGGAGUUGUGAAGGAGCUCCUGCAUCUCCAGGAGGGACCAGCAGCUGGGGUUCCACACUUGCCUGGAGUGCAAGAAGCCACUUGUCAUGAGCAGGGGGAUGCCACUUGUGAGUGUGCAGGGACUGAAGCUGUGGAGAAUGGAUUGUGCACCAGUGAUGGGAGUGUGAGGGAGCCCCUGGGUGCUCAGGGCACAGCAGCAACUGGCAAGCGGUUCAGGUGCCGUGCCGUGCCCGUGUUGGUGCUGGUUGUGCUCGUGUUGCUGGUGCUGGCUUUGGCGGUGGCCUUGGCUGUGCAGUCAGCCCCACAGCUUCCAGUCACACCUGCGACUCCGCUCUUGGUUCUGGGCCCUCACCCUGUCUGGGUUGGCUCCAAUGGGCUCUGCUACUACUUCUCCAAGGAUUCCAGCACCUGGAAGCAGGGUCAGGAACGGUGCUCCGAGCUCGGGGCCUCCCUGGCCAUUGUCAAGGAUGAGGACCUGGGUUUGCUCUUCCGCCUCCGCGGGAACGUCGAUUACUGGCUCGGGCUGCGCAGACGGGGCCAGCGCCUGCACUGGGGGGACGGCAGCAACUUCAGCUCCUGGGUUCAUGUCCUCGGUGAUUCCGAGUGUCUGUACCUGACUGACAAUAAAUUUGUGAGUCAGAGCUGCUCUAAUGAGCGGCCGUAUCUGUGCAGCAAGGCCCAAGCUCCCCUGUGACAGGGGCUGCAGAAAGGAC